AUGGAUAAGAGAUGGCCAAUUUGGUUGCGCGUCUUGUUGGGAAACGGAAUGCCACACUUGGGUCUGGAGCGGAUGAAUGCAAACGUUGCUAUCGCCCUCAAGGAACUCGGCCUCGACAUUGUGGAUGCUCAGCAGGGCAUAGAGAUGGCAAGGACUUUCAAAUCGCCUGAGGAGUUCAAAUGCAUUGUCGCAUCUCUUCGCGCAACAGAGAUCGUUGUGGGCAAACUCCGUGAUGCAGUCUCACCAGGUCUUGCGGAGAACCAACUCUGGUCAGUCAUGCACAAAUCCUUAAUUGAGCAGAAUGGAGACUAUGUGGAGACUCGACUCCUCACCGCUGACCCACGAACAAACACUUGUUUCCAGGAGUCAGCAAGUUAUGCCAUCCCGAAGAACGACCUCGUGGUUCUAGACACAGAUGUAGUCGGUUGCCAUGGAUACUACUCUGACUUCUCACGAACGCUUCACGCUGGCCCGGAUCCUCCUACCGAGGAGCAAAAGAAGACAUACAGAACUGCACUUGCACAGGUCAAUCACAACAUGAGGAUCCUCAGGCCGGACUUGACCUUUGGCGACUAUACAGAUCUUGCAUGGGAUAUUCCUGAGCAGUAUUGGGCUAACCGGUAUUUUGUCUCAGCGCAUGGCUGUGGUCUCACGGAGGAGGAUCCGUAUUUGCAUCAUCGAGGAGAUUUCCAGGAUUCUGGCUAUGAUGGUGUUAUCGAACCGGGCAUGGUACUUUGCGUUGAGAGUUAUAUUGGCAAUGAGCGUGGCACACAGGGUGUCAAGCUGGAACGGCAGUCCUAA